CGCAAGCGUGGUCGUGCUGCUGUGCUGCCUGGCGACACAAUCGAGCGGCAUUAUCGAGACAAACUACCACUCGACAAUGUCCACGCUCUCCGAUCUCAUCAGCAUGGAAAAACUAGUGAAAACCGACCUCCUCCGCUACGUGGAACGCCUGAAAGUUGUUCAAGACAGCAUACUCAAUUUCGUUCAUGAUAAGCAGCCCUACGACGACUUCACGUCCCCUUCCGCUGUCUUUGAAUACCUCAAGCAUCCGGUGCACGCCUUCCACUUGAUCAAGAGGAUGACCUCUGGCCUUGGAGUCAUAGAAGCACUGAUAAACAAAACGCGAAAGUUCGAUCCCCUCGUGAACGUCAUGGAAAUGCGCAAGCAACGACUGCUUCCAUGGGACGAGGACUUCACAGGGCUUGCGGGUUCACUUGUGAGACUCCAAGACAUGUACGCUCUGGACUUACAUGAACUGACGAAGGGACACAUACGCACUGAGAUUCCACGGAACCGAAGUGUUCCUGGGCGUCUUCCACUGAAUGCUCGGGAUUGCUUCAACAUCAGCCAGGUGGCUCUUCACCACGGUUUCUACGACCGCGCUGUGGAAUGGGCUGAACAAGCAAUAGCCAAGGCCGCGGAAGAAGAACCACCCACAAUCCCCAAGCAAGAACUGGACACUUUUUACAAGGACGCCAUCAAAGAGCACGAUGAAGUGUUGAGGACCGCUGGAGAAGUAGGGGACGACUGGCAGACAUACGGAGUACCCGUACGGGAACGUGCGAAUCGGACCACGCAGUUUAAAGCUCAACUCUUCGACGAGGAGAUUGAGGAUGACCAGGUGACCGAAAACUACAAGAGGCUUUGCCGCGGAGAACAGCUCAGGACGCCAAAGAUGGACAGCCAGCUGAAGUGUCGCUACUACUCGGGAGAAAACGGCUUCUUCAAGCUGCAGCCAAUAAAACUCGAAGAAUACAACCUUAAGCCUUACGUCGUCGUGCUGCGCGACCUCCUGCAAGAUAGAGACCUCGCCGAUAUGAUAGCCUUCGCUAAGCCACGGCUGGAACAAUCAAAAACACUCUGCGUGGCUAGUAAAGAUGGACCACCACGUCGUACUAGCUCCAAUACCUGGCUGAACGACGAUGAUGCUCCGGUUGCUGCAAGAGUGAAUCAGUACCUGCAAUCUCUCUUGGGUCUGGGAACCUUGUACAGCAAGGACGAGGCAGAAAAAUACCAGCUGGCCAACUACGGCAUUGGAGGGCACUACGUGCCGCACCACGACUAUCUUGAAGAAACUCUCACCUCCAGGCACAGACUUUUCGGGGACCGAGUGGCGACGCUUAUGAUUUACAUGAGUGACGUCGAAGAGGGUGGAGCCACUGUAUUUCCAAGCCUCGGAGUAAGGGUGAGCCCCAAAAAGGGAGACGCCGUGUUCUGGUGGAAUAUCAAGUCCAACUGGGAAGGAGAUCUGCUCACUUGGCAUGCCGGCUGUCCCGUGCUCUACGGAUCCAAGUGGAUCGCCAACAAGUGGUUCGGGAGCUACAGUAACGUGUUCCGGAUGCCCUGCUCCACCAACCAGAAUGCCUCUCUGGGACCUCUCGUCUGACGUUUCUUCGAAGACGUCGUCACUUUCUCUUCGAAGACCCUGUACGUCGGCUGUCGGCGUCCUUUCCGUCUUCGUGAGCCACAUGGGGACCGCGAAAUUUGCUGCUUGCAAUAAAAUAUGUACACUCGCGA